GGAGCUGUAUGGUUACCCUCCCACCAUACUGGAUCCCUUCUGUACUGCCAGUGGAGCUGUAUGGUUUCCCUCCUGUACUGCUCGUGGAGCUGUAUGGUUACCCACCACUUAUCCCAUACUGGAUCCCUCCUGUACUGCCCGUAGAGCUGUAUGGUUACCCACCACUUAUCCCAUACUGGAUCCCUCCUGUACUGCCCGUAGAGCUGUAUGGUUACCCACCAUACUGGAUCCCUCCUGUACUGCCCGUAGAGCUGUAUGGUUACCCACCACUUAUCCCAUACUGGAUCCCUCCUGUACUGCCCGUAGAGCUGUAUGGUUACCCACCACUUAUCCCAUACUGGAUCCCUCCUGUACUGCCCGUAGAGCUGUAUGGUUACCCACCAUACUGGAUCCCUCCUGUACUGCCCGUAGAGCUGUAUGGUUACCCACCACUUAUCCCAUACUGGAUCCCUCCUGUACUGCCCGUGGAGCAGUAUGAACAUUUCACCCCCCCCAUACUGGAUCCCUCCUGUACUGCCCGUAGAGCUGUAUGGUUACCCACCACUUAUCCCAUACUGGAUCCCUCCUGUACUGCCCGUAGAGCUGUAUGGUUACCCACCACUUAUCCCAUACUGGAUCCCUCCUGUACUGCCCGUAGAGCUGUAUGGUUACCCACCACUUAUCCCAUACUGGAUCCCUCCUGUACUGCCCGUAGAGCUGUAUGGUUACCCACCACUUAUCCCAUACUGGAUCCCUCCUGUACUGCCCGUAGAGCUGUAUGGUUACCCACCACUUAUCCCAUACUGGAUCCCUCCUGUACUGCCCGUAGAGCUGUAUGGUUACCCACCACUUAUCCCAUACUGGAUCCCUCCUGUACUGCCCGUAGAGCUGUAUGGUUACCCACCACUUAUCCCAUACUGGAUCCCUCCUGUACUGCCCGUAGAGCUGUAUGGUUACCCACCACUUAUCCCAUACUGGAUCCCUCCUGUACUGCCCGUAGAGCUGUAUGGUUACCCACCACUUAUCCCAUACUGGAUCCCUCCUGUACUGCCCGUAGAGCUGUAUGGUUACCCACCACUUAUCCCAUACUGGAUCCCUCCUGUACUGCCCGUAGAGCUGUAUGGUUACCCACCACUUAUCCCAUACUGGAUCCCUCCUGUACUGCCCGUAGAGCUGUAUGGUUACCCACCACUUAUCCCAUACUGGAUCCCUCCUGUACUGCCCGUAGAGCUGUAUGGUUACCCACCACUUAUCCCAUACUGGAUCCCUCCUGUACUGCCCGUAGAGCUGUAUGGUUACCCACCACUUAUCCCAUACUGGAUCCCUCCUGUACUGCCCGUAGAGCUGUAUGGUUACCCACCACUUAUCCCAUACUGGAUCCCUCCUGUACUGCCCGUGGAGCUGUAUGGUUACCCUCCCACCCCUUACUGGAUCCCUCCUGUACUGCCCGUGGAGCUGUAUGGUUACCCUCCCACCCCUUACCCCAUACUGGAUCCCUCCUGUACUGCCCGUAGAGCUGUAUGGUUACCCACCACUUAUCCCAUACUGGAUCCCUCCUGUACUGCCCGUAGAGCUGUAUGGUUACCCACCACUUAUCCCAUACUGGAUCCCUCCUGUACUGCCCGUGGAGCUGUAUGGUUACCCUCCCACCCCUUACUGGAUCCCUCC